AAUUGAGUUCGUAAUCCAAGGCCGGCUCAGUGCAGCCUAGCGCAGCCGCGCCUUCCCCAUGUUCUAGCGCCGGCUAGCCUAUCAGACCGCGACGAUAGUUUGCACAGGGGACCGCCCGUCCGCUGUCUUGGGCUGAGCGCUCGCCGUUAUGGCUGGCAUGCAUGCGAGCAGAAAGUCACUCUGCGCCGUUCCUUCCCCACCCUACCCUCCCGGCCCACUCAAAACCGCGCACCCGUGUCCGCGAUAAGGCUCGAUCGUCAGGCAUCGAACCUAUAAAGCCUGGUGCUCCCCCCGAAGGAACUUCUUUCCUUCGUCUCCUGCCCGCAACUUUCUCGCUCUUUACAUAGGUCCUGCGCAAUCAUGUCCCAAUACUAGACUCGCGCGCUCCCUUCGCGGGAUGCCCAAUUGCUGGCAUUCAUGGCGGGGUUCGCAGAGCCAGACACGGUUCGCACGCAACGCAUCUUCUACCGCCCAGCUACCGAACGGGACCCCCCUCCUCGACGCGCUCUUCCCAACGGCCCUUGCAAUUACCGCGAUGCCUCCGUUGGCCCCUGUGGAUGUGAUCAGUUUUGGGACAAGAGCAGUGCCGAAAUCCAUGACGGUAGCACCCUACACCGCCCUACGAGUGAGCGCGUGCCGUGGUGUGUCUGUGGACAUCAUGCCUGUUUCCACUUAAGAACGCCGCGCGCGCCGGAGCAGCCGACUCCUGCUAUGCAAAUGGGCACCAAGCACUUGGGGCAGCAAGUGAAUGUAGACGAAGCUCAGAGUAACAACGACGAGCGGAUACAAAAGUCGUUUCAUGGCGAUAGCCAGCGACCCCAGCAAUCAGCCGCUUCUGAGGCCAAUGGACCCGGUCGCUUGUUGCAUAGUCGGGACACUCCUUCGCAGCUCAGCUCGUCUGGCCUGCCUGGACUCCCCUCUAUGUGCUUGCUCUCCAAUGACCGGCGCCCAGCGGCUAACGACGAAGCUCGGCCUGCUGCGAACCAGCCUCGCGGAAGUCUUGCAGGGCUCGGUCUUUCAAUGUUGAACAUGGAAAGUAUGCGAAGUAUUAACCGUCAGCAGUCUGCCUCCCCGACCAUCGCCGAUGACAAUGUGCCACCACCACUCCAGAAAGCUUUCAGCGAACCAGAGCGGUCUUCUACCAGGGAUAACUCUGUGCCAGCCGACUCGAUUAGGCUUCUCAGCGACCUCCGCGGUCCCUUUGAGCAGAUCAAGGACUUCAACCGCAACGUGCUUGAUGUCGCUGGUGAUACGAUCCCAAACACGCUCGACCCGCACGAAUUCCUACAGAGUGUGACCGAGGUCGCGACGCCUAGCGUUCGUGGCACGCCCGAUCUUGGUGCUGUUGACAACGCCGUGCAGCAAGGAAAGAAGCUGAUUGACACGCUGUCUCGACUGACUUCGAGUAAGCCAGGACCGCUCAGCCCGCCUAACAAGCUCACCGACGCUGCCUCUGUACACGGUUAUCACCUCAGGUCACCUUCGAUACAACAAGAAGAGCAGCUUCAGAAUGUCCUACGGGCCGCUUCACCUCAAGACCUCCAGAAGUUGGUGUCUUACCUUGCUCCAUUGCACAAUCUCCUCAUUUCUAUCCCGAAUGUGGCCAAGACUAUGAGAGAACUGGGUCACCGUUUGGAGGUACUCGAAGGCGGAUCGUUUAACUACGUUCAGCCAGAAGAUCUCCACCAAACUCUUGAGAUGUAUGAUGACAGGCUCGUCACUAUUGAAUAUCGCAUGGACGAGCAUGAAAAGAUGCAUCAAGCUCUUGAUGCUGACGGCAGCAGCGUCUCAUAUAGCAGACGUCGUAUUGACAACGGCACAGGCUCAUUCAACUCCAGCUGUUCUAUGCAGUCCACAACCACAUCAGCGCUCGUCCUCGCUGCUAUGGACCGCAAGAACAAAGAAGCUGAGCUCGGCGAAAUCAAGGACCGACUAGAGGUUCUUGAAUCCGCCGCCGUCCCUACUACGCUCAAUCCUUGGGAGGUAGAGGUUGUGCUGCUGCCUUGGGGCCGUGACCUGCGCGGCAUCUGGUUCUCACCUGACCAGCCAAUGCAUGAUUCUUCCAAGAUUACCCAGGACUCCGAGGAGUGGACACAAGCCAGGAAUCAGAAACCAGCCCAGGUCCUGCAGAGCCUGCGCGACACCGACUCGAGCCCCCAUCCUGGUGCCAGAGGCAUAUUCAGUGACACCGAAAGCGGAUGGAGUAGCCAAGCCAUCAGCGACUGGGCCUCAGGGUCGACGGACGACUGGUUGUAUCCCAAGGCCAGUGGAGCUAACAAUCUUGUCUACAAGCGCCUCUUCAGUCGCGGAUUUGUUCGCAAUGUCACCUUGCACAGCGCCAAUGCUCGGGAUAUCCAGGCCACGUUAUCUCACGCAUUCAGCGACGUCAUGGAGUGGUUGCAGUUCACCGACCGGGAUGAAGACCAGAUGGUUGCCACACAUCCUGCCCUGAGAGCCGCCUUCAUCCCACUGCGCAAGGUCAUGAAAGAAUCCAAGCUUCGAUUUCUUACUCCAAGUGAGAUGUCCAGCUCGGCGCUGUGGUCGGCACAGUUUCUCGCUGCUGGUGUGGUCAUGCGAGUGUCGGGCGGGAAGAGGAGGCUCUAUGUCACACAGCGUGAGGCAUACGUGCAACGCAGCGACGAGAUGGGCAGCUCAUGGACGUGGCAAGAGCUGCGACAGCUACCUCGUCACCAGCCGGGCAAGGAUGAGAACAUGGAAGGUACCGAUGAGCAGGGCCCGCCUGUGCCAGAAGCAGACGCAAAGGAGGCCUGCUGGCAAUUCAAUGCCGCAUACGAUGCGCCCCCGAUCAGUGUGCAAUCCUCGUUUAGCAGCCAUCAAUCACUCGAGCUUUCAAUGCGCCCGGCUGACCGACAAUGGCGUCGUUCUCUCACUCCCAGCUCGAUCCUGAAGAACAGGCAACAGCGGCCACUCUCGCCUCUGAGUUUGUUCCAGCCACAGCGACCUAGGUCUCUUGGUCGCACUGCAUCCACUUCGGUUCUUGAAGCCCCUGGCUCGUCGAAACGCCGUCUAGUCUCUCCUUCCAAGCACCCGGCUUCACAACCACUGCAUAUGGAGGAUCUGGGCGUACCAUUAGCUCGACUAAAGCGCCGACGCAUUACAGGCUCAUCGUCACCACGUGAAGAGGUACCUGCCCCGGAGAUGGGACCCGUCACGAUCUGGAACCCUACUCCUCGACGCUCACGAGAGCCACCAUCCCCUCACUUCACACACCCUGCUCUGCCAAGGUCAAGCUCAGAUGUCACCAGCCGCCCCAGUCAACGGUCUGUGACCCGCACCAGCAACCCUGCCGCCUUUGCAUAUGCCACACCGGCAUCGGGACCAUUUCUUGGCGGCCCAGCAUUUGGCGGCUACAACCAGGGAGGAGAUACAGAGCCUGAUGACGACAGUGCCGAGGAGAAUGAUGAUGGCGAGGACGCUGACGACGACGACGAUGGCGAGCAGAGCUGGCACGGCGUCACAGACGGCGAUGAAGUGAGUGUCUCGUCGUCGUCCGAGUCUGAUGCCGACGCCGGCGCUGCAGAGAUGGUCAGCUUCUCUGGUGACGACAGCGGCUUCGACUCGGAGAACGACGCGUCGCAGUCGGACGGCGACAGAACGCCGACUGCGCGCCGACGACGGCUCGACGAAGACGAAGACGAGGACGACGGUGCAAUCUUCGACACGCUGCUGGAGGUGUUGGAGCCCAGUCACCACCACUGCACACUGUACGAGUGCGACGACUCGUGCUAGAAGGAAGGCAGUAUCAAACCGGCGCAAGGACAGGAAAACGGCGCCCCCGGAACGCAGUCGGCGUUCACGCUCAUUGUUUAUGAUUCACAAGGAUAGAUAUGCACACGGACACUGGUUAGG